CUCCGCAAAAUUUGGCUCCGAUCAGCCGCUGCCUCAGUAAAUCUGCGAAGAGAGAGGAGAUGCUAAGCCUUUUACACCUCGGCAGUCCCGGUGCCACAGUUUGUGUCCCAUUCGGCCAGAGGAGCGGAAGAUUUUAGCCCGUGAACUGUUCCGCACGACACUUCAUGUGAAGUUACACUUUGGACGGGGCGCAUUACAGUGUUGUUUUUUUUUGGGAGACGUCUAUAGACGCGAUCUCUCAUCUUACUGGAUGACUUACGACUCACCAAUCGGAUGUGAUACGUCUAUAUGUGUGUUUAUGGAUCUAUCUUGAGCUAUUGGAAAAUAUUUCACGCGCACCCCCCCCCGGGACCAGGAUGGAUCCAAAUCCAAGUGUUAAAUGUAAAAUUGUGGUGGUGGGAGACAGUCAGUGUGGGAAAACAGCUCUGCUGAAUGUGUUCGCCAAAGACUGCUUUCCCGAGGGAUACAUUCCCACGGUAUUUGAAAACUACACCGCCAGUUUCGAAAUCGACAUGCAGAGAGUUGAGCUCCGUCUGUGGGACACCUCAGGUUCGCCCUACUACGAUAACGUGCGACCCCUCUCCUACCCGGACGCCGACGCCGUCCUCAUCUGCUUUGACAUCAGCAGACCGGAGACUUUAGACAGCGUGCUGAAGAAGUGGAGAGGAGAGAUCCAGGAAUUUUGUCCCAACACCAAGAUGUUGCUGGUGGGAUGCAAGUCAGACCUCCGGACGGACCUCUUCACCAAGUCCCACAGCAGACAGACGCCAGUGUCCUACGAUCAGGGCUCCAACAUGGCCAAGCAGCUGAGCGCCCCCUACAUCGAGUGUUCCUCCCUACAGUCUGAGAACAGCGUCAGAGACAUUUUCCACGUGGCCACGCUGGCCUGCGUCAACAAGAACAAGAACGUCAAACGCAGCAAGUCCUCCAGGGCCACCAAGAGGAUGUCUCACAGCCGAGGUGACCUGCCCGCCAUGGUGAGGGACUGCCAGCAGACCAAAGCCAAGACCUGUAUCUUAAUGUGAACAACAGCAGGGAUUAUUUCACGGAAGUGGACGUGGACUUCACGUGACGGACGUGGAUUUCAGUGAAGUGGACGUAAAUGUAACAAGAGUAUUUUGCACGACUGAUAAUAAAAAAAAGACUUGUUAUUCCUACCACGCUCCCCAUUGGAUGCUGAAUGAAUGAGGGACAAGUCCUGGGAAGAAGUAAUUUUGGGCUGUUUAUUGUGACUAUUACCUGUAAAAUGAAGUAGGAACAGGCACAUUGGAAUGACUUGUGCAAGCUUGGUGUAUUUUCUUGAGCCCGCCUGUAGAACUGGACCAAAAUGAUGCCGAGCCAUUUUUAGGGGCACGUAAGCCAUACCCAGUCAAAUGCCUGGAGGAAGAUCUAGCCAGUGAAUCAACUCAAAAUAUCUCCUCUGGAAAUAACUUAAUAAUGUCAUCUGGAGCGUUGGAAGGAACCGGGUCGCCAUUUAUUUCUGUCUUUGAACCAAAGUUUUUUCAGUGACACUUUGCAUGAUAUAUGAGAACUAUCUUGAUAUUUUUUUUGAUGUUAACAGAGUCUUGCUUGCCAUAUGUUGUCCCAUAUUACAUUUCUUGACAUUUUGACUACACCUGAAGCUGACUGUUUAAAUGAAGUCAUUCUUGGAUUAAAGAGAAAAAAAAACUGUGAUAAAAAGUUUUUGUAUCUGAUCUGUCCAAUUCCAAUGUAAAAUACAAUGUAUGAAAAAGUUGCUUCGGUAUUAACUGUAUGCUUAUAAAUUUGUAAGCUUGUCAUUGA